AACAGUUGUAACACUGCGGUAAGCCAAGUAGGUAUCAGACUAGCAAGCUAAGCACUAGGACAGUGAAAGAGUAUAAACAAUGGCUACAGAGUUAACUGAAGAAACACUGCAAGAUCUUUAUGCCUGGAUUGAUAAAAUACCGCUUUCCAGGCCGAAGAGGAACAUAGCGAGGGACUUCGGUGAUGGAGUGAUGGCUGCUGAACUUGUGAAGCACUUCUACCCCAAAAUGGUGGACCUCCAUAACUACACCCCUGCAAACUCUACCCAACAGAAACUAUCCAACUGGACUAUCCUCAACAGGAAGGUGUUUUCCAAGUUUAACUUCCACAUACCCGAAGAAUGCGUGAGGAAGAUCGCGUGCAGCACCCCUGGAUCCAUCGAGCCAGUUCUCUGUACACUGAGAGAGAGGAUGGAGGCUGGGCCGAAGGAGAUAGCUCAGGAGGAGAGGCAGAAUUUGGAGUACUACCAGAUCUCUAACGGGAAACAGCAUGCAGAGUUGAUCCAGAUGCCGGCGACGCCCCUUUAUGUGAAACCAACCCCGGGGGGACAGGAGGAGAAGCAGAAAAUGAGCUCUGGGCCUAUCACAGCGCAGAACUCACAGAUGGACCAGACACUGCGCUGGUUGGUGGAGGAGAAGGACAGAGAUCUGCUAGCCCUGCAGGAGACGGUGGAGAUCUUGCAGGUGAAGGUGAGCCGACUGGAGCACCUUCUACAGUUGAAGAAUCUGCGCAUCGAAGAUUUAACCAGACAUGUGGAGCGAUACAAGAAGAGGGCUAACAAGAAAUAGUGUGGCCACAGAAGGGUACCCCAUUAAAGACCAGUUACGCCAUUUACUCACAUAAUGGACACUUCUAUCCAAUAGGACUUCAGCUACUUGCCGAACGGAAUUAGCCUAAUUCCCUUUUGCAGGGUCCAAACUACAGCUCGACCUCGGGGCUUGAAUAUGCAACCCUUGUACAUCCUUAACUAAUAGGACACCACUCACUUCACAGCCUGAUACUGGACUAAUGCAGUGGUUCCAAAUCCUGUUCCUGGUGUCCUGCCCCCCUGCCAGAAUGUUUUCAUUCCAAACUACAGUGCUUUCAACCUGCCAAACUCAUUAUUAGCCUUUUAAGGACAAUAUAAGCCUAAUGGAGGUAGGGUUGGAAUGAAAACAUUUUGGCAGGGGGGAUUUGAGGUACCAGGAACAGGAUUGAGAACCACUGGACUGAUGUUAAAUUAAAGGAAUGAGAAGCA